AUGCUGCGGGCGUUCAUGGAGGAGACGGGCAUCACGGAAAACUUUCCUGGCCUAGCAGUGCUCUCGAUCACCCCCUUGGUACUGUGUCAACGUGCUGGUUGCUUGUUGAACCUGUACGACAAGCGCAUGAGAGUACUCAGCAAAGAGCGCAUUGCACGCAAACUGAAGCUUGUGCCCGCGGCCAGAACAAAGUGGACCGGUUCUCCCGAGCCGGUCCGGCAGCUUCAACGCCGCCUUCUGGACCGCUGCUGUACCUCAGAUGCGGCGGUCGAGGUGCUGCUUCGUGCUGUGGACAUUAGCGGGAGAGUAUUGGACAUGUGUGGGGGACCCUGUGAUGCGGUGGCACGGCUACUUGGAGCCACGUGUGAGCUCAUCACGAACGACAUCAGCGGUAGGUUGUCCCCCGGCUCGAAGAAGGCACCGGACAUGCACUUAGAUGCAAGCGCGACGACAUUUUGUGCCGCCUUCCUGGAGAACAGCAUUCAACAGCGCCCUGACUGGGUCGUGAAGAGCCCCCCCUAAAAGGGAGCUCUGAAGUUUUUCAAGGCGGCGCUGUCGGUAGCGAAGAAAGGCGUGGCGCUAAAGCUGCCCCUGUCUUUUCUUGAACCUUGCGCAGACCGAGGAGUGUGGCUUUCGGCGAACCCUCCGGCUCUUUGUGUGUGUUUUGUUAAGGAGGGCCAGAUACACGCCCGUGUAGGUCAUGGUUGGUGAAUUUUGGGGGGUCUGGUACAACACUCGUGCUGAUACGACGACCGCAGGUGGCUCCAAGCUUUUGUUUUGCUCGUAAUUGUCCGAAAAAAAUAGAG